AUGGAGACAAAGGAUGGUGCUGUACGUGUUCAAACGACACCACCAUGUCAUUUCCUCAUAUUAAACAAUGUACAGAAGACUAAAAACAUUCACAAUAUGCUUGUAAGUGCUUCAGCCUUUGGAGUUACGGAAGUUUUUAUUGUGGGGCAAAAGAAAUUUCAUUUACAAGAACAAGAAUCGUUCAUUAACUCCCUGAGCUGCCGUGUCACGCGCGUGGCCACACUUAAAGACUGCAAAGCACUUUGUAAGGAACGAGGAAUUCGUAUUGUGGGUGUUGAAAUCAUGCAAAACGCCAAGAGUAUUGGCGAUCAACCUUUUAGUGGUGAUACUGCUUUCAUUAUGGGCAACGAGGGCAGUGGUAUGAACUCGGCACAAGUAGCUAUUUGCGACGACUUUGUCUACAUUCCACAAUACGGAGGUGGCACAGCUUCUCUUAAUGUGACAGUCGCGGCAUCCAUCGUGCUCCAAAGUUUUGCGCUGUGGGCUAAGCUGCCGAUGACGAAUACCAACUGUCAUAUGGAGAAUUCAGUGAUAGUGUAA